GGGGCAGCGCGGCACUUGGCGGCUGCCGCGCUGCGGGGAGGCGGCGGAGCUCGGCCCCCUCCCCGCGGCGGAGAGCCCCGGCAGGAGCAACAGGAGCCGGAGCUCAGGAAAACAAUGAACAAUUAAUUUCUUCUUUCCAGGAAGAAAUCUGGAAGCUUUUUUGCUGCUCCAUUGAAUAUGGGAUUAUAAAAAAGUUUUUAAAAUUGCACAUAGAGCAUCUCUUUCAAAUGGAUAACUUCUGAACCUGGAACUCUUCAUUACCAACUUCUUACAUCCUGGAGGGGAAAAUGAAUUUCACAAAUUGCACCACUGAAGCCAGUGAGGCUGCAAAGCCAAAGACAGUAACUGAAAAGAUGCUCGUUACCCUGACCUUGGCCACAAUCACAACCUUGACUAUGCUGCUGAAUUCUGCUGUAAUUGCAGCAAUCUCCACAACCAAGAAGCUCCACCAGCCGGCAAAUUAUCUCAUAUGUUCACUGGCUGUGACAGAUCUCCUUGUUGCUGUUCUCGUCAUGCCCUUGAGCAUCACUUACAUAAUGAUGGAUAAAUGGACUCUGGGGUACUUCAUCUGUGAGAUCUGGCUCAGCGUCGACAUGACCUGCUGCACGUGCUCAAUCCUUCAUCUGUGCGUCAUCGCGCUGGACAGGUACUGGGCCAUCACAGACGCCAUCGAGUACGCCAGGAAGAGAACGGCAAAAAGGGCCGGGCUGAUGAUAGUCACCGUGUGGACCAUCUCCGUUUUCAUAUCAAUGCCCCCCCUGUUUUGGAGAAACCACCGCAGCGUCAGUAUUCCCAGCGAGUGCCGCAUCCAGCAUGACCAUGUCAUCUACACUAUUUAUUCCACAUUCGGGGCAUUUUACAUCCCCUUGACUUUGAUCCUGAUCCUGUACUACAGAAUUUACCACGCUGCAAAGAGCCUUUACCAAAAGCGGGGUUCAAGCCGCCACCUCAGCAACAGGAGCACCGACAGCCAGAACUCUUUUGCCAGCUGCAAGCUCACACAGACAUUCUGCGUCUCGGACUUCUCCACAUCCGACCCAACCACAGAGUUUGAUAAAAUCAACGCAUCCGUGAGGAUCCCUCCUUUUGAGAAUGACUUGGACCCGGCUGGCGACCGGCAGCAGAUCUCCACAACACGAGAACGAAAGGCUGCUCGCAUCUUGGGGCUGAUUUUAGGUGCUUUCAUUUUGUCCUGGUUGCCCUUUUUCAUCAAGGAGCUGCUUGUGGGCCUCCACAUUUGCACUGUCUCUCCAGAAGUAGCAGACUUCUUGACCUGGCUUGGGUAUGUCAACUCGCUCAUCAACCCUUUGCUGUACACGAGCUUUAACGAGGAUUUCAAGCUGGCCUUUAGAAAGCUCAUCAGGUGUCGAGAACAUACUUAAAAGUACUGAGAGAUGAUGAUGCUGGCAUGACUCCUGGCCUUAAAAAUGAGCAAAAUUAUUUGACUCUGCCACUGUUUCCCUUGAUAAAGGGGAUUUUUGUGUUUGCCUAUCUUCUUGACUGUUCUUCAGCCUGUAAUUCAUUAUGCCAUUUUUUAAUCUCUAGUGAAAUUCGUAGUAAAAGGUUUGAAAUAAAUUUAUUCUACAAAGGAAAAGAUUUUUUAGAAAUGCAACAACAAAAAAUAUCACUAGUAUUAGGUACUCAUGUCUCUAAGACAUUUUGUGUAAUCAAUGAUUCAAGAAGAAAAAACAAAAUUCACUUUUAUACUUUUUCCAUUUAAGAAUCAAACAUCAAAAUUAUGUACUGUAUGAAAUAAACCCCAUAAAUACAUAUUCAAAAAUUAAUAAACACUUCAUGAUCAUGACAGUUCAACAGCAUCUCUUUACUACGGCGUUGUGAAAAAGCUGUAACAGCCAUUUAGGAGGAAAAUUACCACCAUUUCCACCUUGGGUUGAGGCAGAAUAAACUAUUCCUUUUUUCAGAAAUACACUCCCAAAACAGAAAGCAAAGUUCAGUUCAUUGCAUCUAGAAAUGAUCCCAUUUCAUGACCCAAAGGCAUUUUUUAAAGUGUCUCUCUUUGUGUAAUAUUCCAGAUUUACAUUCAAGGUAUUGGGCAGACAGCUGUGAAGUUGUUCUGCAAUUGAGAGGAUGCAGCAAGCAAGUGUCAUACUUGUGAAACUAACUGCACAUCUGAGCAGUCACACUUCCAAUACCACUAACCCUACUUCUUCAGGCCUUGUGCCUCAGUCAGUUCUGGGGUGGUGUUUUUCACUUGUGCCACACUUCACCUGAAUGUUGUGGUGCACAACCCCAAGGAUCUAUGGAUCUUACCCCCACCAAGUCAGACAACUGGAUAUCUUCUCAGCAGGCCAGCUAUAUACAGAAAUUCAAAAACAUCAGUUUAACCUAAUUA